AUGGGUACUGCUGUGGCUCCGCCUCAGGGUGAUCCAGUUUAAUUGACUAAUCUCAACAAGUGGAGGCUGAUUUCCUCUGCUGCUCACAGACAGAGCAUCACUGUUUGUCCUGGACUCCUCAGCUGCUCACACAGCAUAAGCUUCUGCAGGCUGAAUUGUAGGCCAGGACCAGAAUCAAUCAGAAGGAUACUGCAGCCAUACCUCAGGAGUAGUCUUCUGUGUACCACUUUGACAGAGUAGAGGAGGCAACUCCCUAGGUUGAAGCUGUGACCUAGAAGAGCUCAAGGGCCACAAAUUCACACUUUAAUAUAGCUCUAAAACAUCACCAACACCACCAACAAUGGGUAACACCAGGAGCGGCGCUGUGUCCAAGGAGAUCCUGGAAGACCUGAAACUCAACACCAAGUUCUCAGAGACUGAGAUUGUUCAGUGGUACGAAAACUUCAAGAAGCAGUGUCCAACAGGGCGCAUCUCGAAAGAAGAGUUUCAGAGCAUCUACAGCAGGUUCUUCCCAGAAAGUGAUGCCAAUACGUAUGCCCAGCAUGUCUUCCGCUCCUUCGACACAAACGACGAUGGCACACUGGACUUCAAGGAGUACAUCAUCGCUCUUCACAUGACGUCAACAGGGAAGACCACCAGGAAACUGGAAUGGGCCUUCUCGCUGUUUGACGUGGACAAGAAUGGAUACAUCACCAAGUCAGAGGUCAAGGAAAUCUGCACGGCGAUUUUCAAGCUGAUUCCUAAAGAUGAAGUGGAAGAUCUGCCCGACGAUGAAAACACAGCUGAUAAGAGGGCAGAUAAACUCUGGAACUUCUUUGAAAAGGGCGAUAAUGAACGAGUGGCAGAAGGAGAGUUCAUCCAGGGAGUGUUGGACAAUGAGGAUGCCCUUCGUUUGAUUCAGUAUCAGCCUUUAAAGUAACUCUUCUACAGAUUCAUUGUAUCUCUCUCCACUUCUGUCCUUUCAACUUCACCCUUCACUCUGUUAAUGCAGUGACACCUGACAGCACCUUCACAAAAUGUGAGCACAUAGCAGAUAUAAUGAUAACGCCCCAGUGCUCAAAAUUAAAUAAUGACACAGACUCUCCUCCAGGGUUUUAUAACAUGUGUAACAUGUAUGUGUGCUGUCUGAACAGUUUUAUUUAUCAUACAGUAAAAAAAAUAAAUGUUAAAGUUAAAAACUGGAAAGCAGGAGAGAUUGCCCCCAGGUUACCUGUGAUUGCAGUUACCAAAGCAACCAUAUCCAAAUUUGAAAUCUUCACAGGAACUCAAGUUGACUACUCUGUCUAUCAUAUAACAUCCCUCAUACACAUGUGACCUAACUGACACUUUCCCACAACUAAAUAAAAUGUGCAAGUUGCAAUAGAUGAAGCACAUACAGGAUUUUUGAAACUGUCAGUAUUUAGUAUUUACAUUUCUUGAGAAAAUUAAAUUAUGAAGGUGUAUUUUAGCAACAUAUUUAAUAUGAUAACAUGUCAUAUGUUUUAGUUCAAGUAUAAUUACCAUGAAACAUUGUUGUUUUUUCCUCAACCGGGCAGCCAAUGCUGGUCUCUGUAGUUUCUCAUUUUACCCUGGGAUAUUUUUUAAACCAACAUUUAAGUGCAGCAAGGUGUCAUUGUACCUUGGCCCUUGUUAUCAUCUAAUGUUGUGUCUUCUACAGUGUUUAAUUCAUCCAUAUGGCACAAUCCUACACGUUUGAUGUUCUAGUUAAGUGGUGCAUAUUGGAGAAUAGGUGUGUUCAUGUUCAACAACAUGUAAAACUAAGUGUUGGUCCUGGAUUUCCCUUUAUGAUUCAAUAAAUCAAAACCAUGAAAUUGUAAUAAAA